AGAAAAGGAAAACCAGAAAUUUAUCAACAUUUUUAGCAGGCCACGUAAACAGCAGUCUUUUGUCAGAGAAAUCCUGAAAAUCCAUUUUCCUCCAUGAACCAGUUAUUCGCUGUUGCUACAACAGAAAUGUCUCUACUUAGCUCCUCAAUCUAGAUUUUCCGGUUCUCUCUCUUCCCCCUAACACCCUUUGUCUUUCUCUCUCUAAACAGCGUGGCCUCUCGUCACCCUCUUCAUUCUUUCUUGGCUUUUCCUUCUGUUACCAUCAACUUUUCAUUCUCAGUGUAAAAAUAGACUCAUAAUAAAAACAAUUCGAAAAUCUGGGAAGGUCUUCAUUUUUGGGUUAUUGGAGAUUUGCUCAAUGCUUAGUGUCUUUCGUAAAGCUUUCACUUUGUUGUCUUCAAAGUGAACACUAUGUUUGACUUGGUCCUUCAUUGUCCAGGUCCCAAGGCCAAGGGAUAUAAUGUAAUAUCUCAAACGAGCUCUACCUGGUCCACUUUUACAGCAUCUUAUUUGCGACGACAUUAUUCUAAUGUAUCAUAUGCCUGUAACAAAUCCAUUCAUAUUUCAUCAGUUUCUUUGCAUCACAAGAUAAACCGUCCAUUUUCUGGAACAAAUGGUGUCUGCAAAAGUAUGCCAUUUUCAUCUUCCUGCGGUGGAAGAGGGGUUUGCAUCUUAAAACACCAGAAGUCUUUGAGGAGUAAGUUUCAGAUAUAUGCAUCACUUGAUGUUGCCAGUGCUGUUGAUGUUAUCAAUGACCUCGGGUUGGACACUUUGACAUUCUUAGCUGUGACUGUACUGGUUGUUCCUGCCUUCAAGAGCAUAAAAGCUAGCCCUAUACUUGGUUUUUUCUUUGCUGGAGUUGUGCUCAAUCAAUUUGGGCUAAUCAGAAACAUCACGGAUGUUAAAGUUCUUUCCGAAUGGGGGAUUCUUUUCUUGCUUUUUGAAAUGGGAUUGGAGCUUUCACUUGCACGCUUGAAAGCUCUUGCAAAGUUUGCCUUUGGCAUGGGACUGACUCAGGUUGUAUUAUCAACCCUAGCAUUUACAUCAUUCGAGCUUCCACCUAAUGAUGCUAUUGGAACAAAGAUUCUGGAGUUUCUUUUUCACUCAAGGCCUGAUCUGGUGAAUAUUAGAAGUGUUGAUGAGGCUGUAGUGAUUGGUGCCGCUCUCUCUCUAUCUUCUUCAGCUUUUGUUCUGCAGAUUCUUGCAGAGAAGGGUGAGCUUCCAACAAGAUUUGGCUCAGCUACUUUGGGAAUACUUCUACUUCAGGACAUUGCUGUUGUGCCUCUUUUAGUCAUACUACCGGUGCUGGAGACCCAGAAUUUGAUAGAAGAAAGUAUUUUGCCAAUGCUUGCUAAAGAAAGUCUGAAGGCUUUAGGUGGACUGGGGUUGCUUUCUCUCGGAGGGAAGUACAUAUGGAGGCGAGUUUUUGAGGUUGUUGCAGAAACGAGAAGCUCGGAAGCUUUUGUUGCACUCUGCCUUUUGACUGUUGCAGGAACAUCACUUUUAACACAGAAGUUGGGCUUUAGUGACACGCUUGGAGCCUUUUUAGCUGGGGCUCUGCUAGCAGAGACAAACUUUCGUACUCAGAUUGAAGCUGAUAUAAGGCCAUUCAGAGGAUUACUUCUUGGACUAUUUUUUGUGACUACCGGAACUUCUAUUGAUAUGCAGCUUCUUUUCCGUGAGUGGCCAAAUGUGCUUUCCCUUUUGGCUGGUCUGAUUGUUAUCAAGACAUUGAUCAUAACAGCAAUAGGUCCCCGAGUCGGCCUAUCCCUUCAGGAGAGUGUGAGAAUUGGAUUUCUUCUUUCUCAAGGAGGUGAAUUUGGAUUUGUGGUCUUUUCCCUAGCAAACAGGCUAGGAGUACUACCACUUGAGCUAAAUAAACUACUUAUUAUUGUUGUUGUGCUGUCUAUGGCACUGACUCCACUACUCAAUGAAAUUGGACGGAAAGCUUCUGAGUUUAUUGUUGAGAAGUUUGACAAGGAGGAUAGAACUGCUGAAAUGGCAAAUUUUGAUGUGAGCGAACCAGUAGUUAUCCUUGGAUUUGGCCAAAUGGGUCAGGUCCUUGCCAAUUUAUUGUCAACACCACUAGCUUCAAGUGACGGCGAGGAGUUUCGCUAUGUUGCUUUUGAUCUAGAUCCUAAAGUUGUAAAGGCUUCUAGAAACCUUGGUUUUCCUGUUCUCUACGGUGAUGGUUCACGUCCUGCAGUUCUGCAGUCUGCUGGUAUAUCUUCUCCAAAAGCAGUCAUGGUCAUGUACAGAGGAAAAGAUAGGACCACA